AUGGAGGAUUUUGAAGACUCCGGUGGUGAAAGUUCACGUCUAGAGCAUGAACUUGAACAAGUCGAGGAAGGCAUCAAACGCUGGGAUCAGAUGCGAGCCGUUCUGGAAAUGUACGAUAUGCAUCAUAGAGAGAGUAUAGAGUGUGAGGAGUGUGCUAGUGAUGAUCUAGACCCUAAAGAGUUUUCCCCUGCCCAUAGAGUAGUUAUGGAAUGUCGCCUUGAUUCGUCUGGCGAAGAGUCGCACUCAAGUGAUGAGGGUGUUUCUUCCGAAGAAGGAAGCAGUGGUGACUCGUCGCUGUGGGGUUCAUAUGAAAGAUGUUCUCCAAUAGCAAUACAAACCGCUUGA